AUGGCAAGCGUUAAGAAGGAGUUUUUCGACCGUUACGUUGCGCGUGCCAUGGCUGGCGACCCCCCCCUGCCUCCCUACGAGACCGAUGACAAUGGCCAUAUUGUCAUGCAUAUUGGCGAGGUUUUCUGCCGCGUCCCCGACUGCUCCUCCCAAACAGUGAGUGAUGAAGGCAUCAGCUAUUGGAAAAGUAUUAAUAAUGCAUUACAGAAGCAGUUCUCCCACACUGGCAACCUGCGUGUCCACAUAAAGGCCCAUAAAGACCUCACCCUCCCCGGCCGCGCCAAAGGUGCCCCUAGUGUCGAGGACAAAAAUGCCUCGAUCGCGUGGUAUAAAUCGCUCUUUGCCCCUCCGAAGAAGAUGGCCGUGCCUUUUACGAAGGCUGGCAAUAUCGGUAUCAAAGAGAUCAAGGAUUUUCUUCGGACCAAGCAUGUGACCCAGUUCCCUUGCGAGUCCUGCGAGCAAGCUAAUGCUAAAUGCUGUGCCACCCCUUUCGUCUGCGAGUACCUUGACCGCUACUACGACGUUGAAGAGUCUUUCGACCGCCCGGAGUAA